AUGACAUUGUGCGGAAAUGAGAGCAUGAUAUCCUCUUCUUGUGCUUCAGAAGAAGAUGCACAAUCCAAUAGCAGCAGCUUGUUAUCCCCCAUCGAUUCGCGUUAUUCUCGUCUUUCUUUUCAAUCAGCCGAUAAACGCUCAUAUCGCCACAGGGUUUCAUUCGAUAUGCUAUCACAUCAACCCUUCAUUUCAUUCACUCUACGUACUGCGAAUGAAGGCUAUCAACCAAAAUCAUCCUCACGUCUCUUUAUGGUCACCAUUGAUGAUCCCAGUCAUUUGGACGAUGGCACAACUACUAAAUUGAUACGCUAUGUCAUGGAUCUUGUGGAUGAUGGAGAUGAGGUGGUGAUCGUUGGCAUGCAAUACAAUAGCCUUGUUGGUGAUACACCCACUCCCAAGCAAACGGCAACACGACUUUUAGGUUUAGCACUGGAUGCGCAACAUGAGGACAAGAUCAGCAUCACAGUUGAACUAGCUCUUGUAAAACCAGAUCAAGCGUUAAAGUCAAUGAUCCAAUUGUAUGAACCUAGCAUGUUGAUUGUGGGAUAUCGGAAACGUGCAAGGAAAGCAAUGUUGCUAGGCAAUGGUAGCACAACACAAGCGAUCAUGAACCAAAGUUUGAAACAUACGACAACCAACACCACGGUUGUUUUUGUACAAUGUCAAUCGGAAGAGCACAGCAUACAUCACCCAGCAACAUCUUCAGCUACAACAUCCAAUGUGCGUGGUCAUAGGCGGACAAUCACAGCUUUAUCAAGCCCUUUACCUGACAAAGGAUCCAACGACACCAACUUUCCUAUCGCCAGCAUGAGUCAAAUCGAACUUGGAUCAUCCUCCUCUUCGGCAGCAUCCGAUAGCCAUUAUCAUCAACCAGUAACACCAUCACCUAACACAGCUACUGCUACUGCUAUACGACCAGCUAGCUUAGUCUCCACUACCAGCACUGGAUUGGCUGCUCAAUUUAGGAAAACGCUUGGCUUGUGGAAACGAUAG